UUCAAACUUUUAAUUUGUACUAGAUUCUCCCUUCUUUGCCCUAUAUAACCCAUCAAACCAUUUUCCAACUUUUUCAAUAGCUAUAGAGAUAUAUAAUUGAAAGAGCAGGAGCAGUAGUACUGCUAAGUUUAUUGCUAAUCGAUAACACACACUAUGGUGUCUGUUCAAGCUCCGAAUCAGAGGAAGGUGAUCUUUCCGGAGCCCAAAAAUUCAUCUAAGAAUAAGAGAAGGUGGGAAGAUCACGAGUUGCCGUUUGAUUUCGAAAACAAACGAUCCAAAACAGAAGCCAAAAAUUACAUGGCUGACAUAGAGCUACACCUCGAGACUCCAUUACCUUCCGAGUGGCAAAGAUGCCUUGAUAUUAAGUCAGGGAAGAUACACUUCUACAAUACAAAGACACAGACAAGAACUUGUAUGGAUCCAAGGGAAACUCGGAGCCAGAGUCCUGACCCAUUUAUAAAUGCGAGUGAUCGUGGUCAUAUGAUCAGCUUAGACCUUGAGCUCAACCUAAUAACAAGCGAAUCGCCUAUAAGAAAAACCGACGACCAAUAUAUCACCAAUCCAAAUACAACAUCUCUGGAUUAUAAUAAUAAUAAUAAUAUCUCAAAUUCAAUGGAAUCCAGCGAAAAAAAAAGUACUACUAGUUGGCCGUCGUGGUUGGCAAUCGAAACGGCGGCCGAUCCGCAAGAGAUGGUGGCCACCGUUUGCAUGCGGUGUCAUAUGUUGGUUAUGCUAUGCCGGUCCUCUCCUUCGUGCCCAAAUUGCAAGUUUAUAUACUCAUCAGAAAAAAAAAACCCCAAACAUCAAUAUUCAGGUCAAGCUGUAGAGCUUUCACAACUCUUUGGCCACAAUAAGGAUCGAACAGUUCAAUUAAAGGAAAAAGAAGCUGGAAUUGCUGGAGUUUAGGAAUAUGAUUGGUGAUUUUUUUUUAAUCUCUUUUAUUCUAGCAAGCAAAAGAAUCUUGCUUGUAGGCCUUGCUACUACUUAGGCUUAUAGUUUUUCUACCUCUAAGCUAAGAAGAAUAGGUAGACUAACCUUAAAUAAAUAUAUGUAUGUAAUAUGUAAAUAUACAAGAACUGUUAUCAUCCUAAAUUUGUUAUAUGUUUGCAGAGAUGUAGAAAAUUAAAUAUGUUCUCUUUCGAUCUUAAAGAUCUUUUUAAUUUUAUUUUUUAUUGAUGUUGCAAGAGUUCUGAUGAA